AUGAAGGUCCUCAAAGUGCUGAUUCCCGCCACGGAGCAGGUCGGAUCGCACACGGUACGAAGUCAAUUCGAUUAAGACGAUGCGGAAAACCUUAAACUGAUCGCUGUCACUUUGUCGCCAACGGUUUGAAAUGUGUAUACUGUAGUGGAUGCCUAAAUGUAUCUACAUUAUUAAGUUAAAUAUAUCCACCUUUUGAAUUGUCACGUAGAUGGAAAAUGUUCAAAUUUAUUGUCACAAUCGGCUGCAAAGCUAAGAAGUAGCUUGCUUUCAUGAUCAAGUUUUAAAUUAACGCACAGUAAUUUCGACAUCCGCAAGUAUCUGACGCAAGGUCCUUUGAGGGUCAAAAUUUUGUUGAAAAUGUGUUACUCAUAUAACCGUUUCUUUUCCUUGUCAUUAUAAUGAAACGAAAAUAUAGCUGUGUUGAUCAUACAGAUGCAAGAUACAGAUGCUACAAAACGAAAGAAAUCAGAGACUAGAAACAAUCAGAAACAUUAAGCUUACGAGGUCAAAACAUGUUGACUCACAUAGAGUGUGAGAAAGUGAAUGCCAACCUUUUGUGAAAAGGCGAUCCUUCGCUGAGGCCUUCUUUAGAAUUAAAAUCACGCACAAAAUCUUCGCUGCAAAAUACUCAGGACCUUAUUGAUAGAUUGUUAAAAUAAUGUUUAGGUCUACUACAUAGAGGUUUUCAUCAGAGAGUACUCUUGGCUGGUGGCUAGAAGAUAUAGAGAGUUUUAUGAUCUUCAUGAGAAGGUCAGUAACCUUAAUAAUACUCUUGAAACUAAAGUUGUUCUAAUUAGAAUAUUUAGAAUUUGUGUAUCAAAUAGUGUUUCCUAUUGUUGUCAUCCUUCCUGUCCCCAUUCUCCCUCUCUGACGAUGAUGUGGGGAGGGAGCAAACUCAGGGCCUUUGCAUGAUUGUAUGAGUCCUGGAAAACCUAGAGAGUCUAUGAAAUUAAUUUUGACAUUUUCCUGGGCUGGAAAAUACUGGAAAUUGACUACAGCUGCCCAGAAAGUCCUGAAAAUCUGUUCAACUCAAGCAGUCAAUUUUUCAGAAUUUACAUUGGGAGAUGCAAAGUCUGAAAAAACCUUCACUAGAACCUUAAGAGAGAGAGCUACAGCAACAGAAAAUAUUUCAUAUUAGACAUAAAAAAAACUAUUUGAGAAUGAUGAAAACCUCAACAAAGCUGUAAAAAUUACAAAAUUUUGGAAAAAUGCUUUCCAAAUAAGUUCCUUGAUUCUGGUUGAGAAGAAGUUUACAGACUCAGGGCUCUUCUGUUACAAAUAAUUUUUUAAUUAUUUUUUUGUUGUGUACAGCUUGUGAAAAGUCAUGAGAUAGAUCGCUCUCUAAUACCACCAAAGAAGUAUUUUGGAUUUCUUCAGCCUGAGUAUGUGGAAAGGAGAAGGCAAGCCUUGGAAGAGUACUUUGAAACACUGUUGUCAACAUUUGAAGAGAACUUACCUAAAGAAUUGUUGGAAUUCUUAGAGACGGAUAAAUUUGUAAGUGUCGCAGAUUGAUAUGGUUAUUACUUAGUCUCAUAUCACUCAGCUAGUUUGUGCACUCUGAUUUGUCAAUUCAGCAGGCAGUACAUAAAAGCUAAAUUUAAUUUUUUUUCUGAUUUAAAAUUGCUCCCCUCUAUUUGAACUCAGAGAUAUGACGAAUAGAUGACUUUUCUCAGUCCAUAAAAGAAGGACUCAGGUCUCUAACCUUGUUCUUUCCCCCUUGGAUUUAUGGCUCUUGGGCUUCAAGCUUGGGCCAUGGAUGCCAGUGGAAAAACUUGGAUCUUGCACUCGUUUAUAAGGGAACUGUAUAUGUGCUCCAACAAAAAACCAAAUUUGAUUGAUUCAGGAAAUCACAAGUGACAUGAUAAGUCUGUUUCUCUUUGGUCCACAGGAUGUUUGUGGUGUAACUCAUACUCUGGCUAAAGAAUUAUUUAUUACUGGUGAGUGUUAUUGUCACAAGGGUUAUAAGCAAGAAUCAUUUUGGUUGCUAUAGCAAGAAGAAAAAUUUUGACAACAUGAUUUGCAGCAAAAGUUGUUGCUUAGCAAACUGAAUAUGUCAGGUUUCAUGUAAGAUUAUGGUAAUAUUCUUUUUUUCCCAGUGUUUAUGGGCUUAAGUUCAAGUGAGAUAACCAUAUGUCUUAAAUAUUAUUUUAUUUUAAAUUGGUAAAAUGUUUUGAGUGAAAACUUUUUCAACAUAAAUUUAAAAUUUUAGUAUGUCAAAGGCUGAUGCAUUUAACCCUUUACACCCUAACAUCAGUAUCUGUAUUCUCCAUACCGUUCUCUGUACAUUUCUUAAGAUGCCAAGAAGGAGAAUUUGUUUAACAAUCAAGAGCUUCUUUAGCUGCUGAUGAUUUCCUUUUUUCUUGUGACCUAAAUGUGUGAUGUGAGGGUGAUAGGGUAAGGAGAAAUUAGAUACUGGUCACUCUUAGGGGUUAAAGGGUUAAUGCUAUUCUAAUUUUUAUGUUAAUAAUUUCAUCCUCUAUAUCUAUUAAUCUAUUAUACACUUUAAUUUUUUCCAAAAAAAAGGAGAUGCAAUUCUGGCGAAGGAAGAACAAUUUAUCCUCACACCACUUCAGCUGCACUGUAUAACAAGCAGGCUUGGCAUGGCUGCACCAACAUGUGGUAGGAUGUUUAAUAUUUAAUGAAAAUAUUGAAAUAUUGUGUGAUCUAUAAUACGUUAAACUUUAUAACUUUUCUGCAAACAAUAUCUGACAGUGAUUAUGGAAUGGGGGAUACAAUUUUUUUAGUUUUAAAUUUCUGAAAUAUUGACAUGCAUUUUUUUCAGUCAAUGAUACUAUUAUUAUCACUUGACCCAUAUGAAGCCAGGCGUGUUUUUAUCAAAAAAUUAUUGUUGUAAAAAAAAAAUGGGGCAGAAGGGCUGUAUUCAAUACAUGAGCAGGGCCAGAAAAAGCCAUGAUGGCAUAAAGCCUUACAAGAUACAGGACAGAAAAAAUGCAAGAAGGAAAAAGGAGAAAAAUGGGGGACAGGGGCAUAGCCAUGUUUUCAAGGAAGUGGAGGGGGGUCACACUGUUCAAACAGAGGGUACUCACCUUUUUUUUGCUACCUGAAUAUUUUAGGUUGUUUGUUUGAAAAAAGGCUUAAAAAGGGGAUCUUAUGCACCUAACUCCCCCCUCCCCACUUUGGCCCUUGGGGGAUCCUAAGGUAAAUUAUUUAUUGACCAAGUUGGGUGGGCCAUGCGGAACAUCAACCUUACCAGGCUAAAGCAGUUGGUGUAUCAUGACCUUAAGCCAAAUAUAUUUCCAUCCAGCCUUCCCACUUAGUCAAUAAGUAACUUUCACUGAUUAAAGUUUUCUGAAUGUGAAUGCUAUUUUACAGAUUCCCAUGUUCCACAUGGCGAAAUAGGCAACCUGUAUGACUUCUUAUAUCAACUAAAACAUUUGAAGGUAAACAGAAAUGACUGUGUUAUUUUUUUGCUCACUUUCUUUUGGUUUGUGCCUUUUUCAUCUGAGGAGUAUCAUGUGUACAGAAUGGUUUUGUAAUAUUACAGUAUCUUCUAGGCCUCGGGCAACAAAAAGCUGGUGGAACUGAGUGACAACAUGACACUAAAAUGCAACCUUGGUUUAUUCAAGUCUUUGAAGACCCUUGAAGUAAGUGAAAUAAGCAAUUAUUAGCCUGUUGGUCAGCCAGGUGGUUAUUUGGCAGUUAGGUUGGCAAUUUUGGUAAGUCACGCUGGUGCAGUCCGUCAGUUGCUUUGUCAGUCAGUUAGACAGUCUGGUGCUCAGUCAGUGGGUCAGACAGACAGUCAAUUGGUCAGACAAAUGAAUAGAGGGGGUAAAUUUCUGGAGAAACUGUGGUGCUGCAUCAGUGGGAGAGUCUAACAAGGUAAUUUAGAAUUAUCAACUGAGUUGGCCACGGUAAAGAGUUUAAAAACUGUUAUUUGGAGUGUUAGCCCUUCGUCAGUUAGUUAGUCAGUUACUCCACCAUUUAGUCAAACAGUCAGUCAUUUGGUUGUGCAGUCAGCCCUUUAUCCAGCAGUUAGUUAGUCAGUUGGUCAGAUAGUCUGUCCAUCAAUUAGUCAGACAAUCAGUCAGACAGUCAGUCAGCCAGUCAGACAGUCAGUCAGUUGGUCAGACAGUUAGUUAACUAACAGUCAGACAGUCAGUCAGUUGGUUAGACAGUCAGUUCUUCAUUCACUCAGUUAGUCAGUCACUGAUUCAGUCUGUCAGUUGGACAGGUGCCGUCAGUCACCCAGUCAGUCAUUUAUGAAGUCAGUUAGUAAGACUCGGUAUUGGUUUCUUUGACCACUUACAAUCAGUUGGCCUACAUAUGUCCAUUUCCAUCGUAUUCAGAUUGACAGCUGUGAAGUGGAGCCUUUUGAGGGACUCUGUUUUAUACAAAGCCAGAUAGAGAAGCUUACAGUUCAUCACUCAAUCCACUUGCUGAAAGUAAGUAGAUUGUAAUUCAUUGCAGACGUUAAGAAGAGUUGAUUUUGAGACCAAGGAAGUCAAGUGGUUUCCAUCUUUACACGAUCAAAAUUCGUGGCAUUUCUUGAAGUUUUAGCGUUUCGGAUGAGCUUUUAUUAAAGGGCGGAGUUUUUUCGAAGGUGGCGAUCUUUUUGCGUUUUCAGGCAAAAUGAAGACAAGCGAAGGCAAAGGCGGGUCGAGCGCAAGAGGCGAGACACGCACCUCAGGCGAGAAACGCGCGAGGGUAUGCGCGCGCGAAAUACUUUGCUUCUUCCCUCGCGCGUUUCUCGCCCCUCGCGGUUGCCUCGCACUUUCCUCAUGCUUGGCUAUUGCUUGAUUCAUGCUUAUCUCCGCGCGCAUGAAAAAUAGGCCUCCGUCGGUAAUAUUUGUUUUAUUUUUCAUGUGCAGGACAUACUAGUCGAUGAUGAGAUUUGGGAGCAGGGUGUUCUGGAGACAGUGGAGGCAGAUGGGUCAUCGUCUUUGACUUCAACGUCAGACUUCCGGGCAUGGACAGCUCUGAACGAUGCAGAUUUUAGUCGGAAUGACCUUCCAUAUAUCGACGAAUCAGUGGUAAAUGCUGCGGCAUUCUAUGAAAUUAUCUCUUAAUCAUGGUUUGUUUUAAAUAUUUUACGGCAAUAAUGGUGUUUUGGUGACACACCAACUAAAGGUAAAAGUUUAAAUCUUUCCUCAAGAUUACUUUGCGUCUUUGCUCUCGUAGUAUGAUCGUUUGAUUGUAUUCUACGCUUGGGGGGUGGGGCGGUCCAAAUCGGCCAAGGAGGUUCAGGUAAAGGGGAGGCCAAAUCCGCCGGGACACCGCCUACCAUGGGCCAGAGUUCAUUUAACUUCAAAAACGUUGCAAUAGGAACUGAUACUCUAAUCAUCCAAUGAUUGUUUUCUAUUCGCCUAUUUCUUGAUAGGUUUUGUUGCCAAAUGUCACAUGUUUGAAUCUCAGUUGCAAUCAGAUUGACGCUAUAGAACAUCUUCAGGUAAGUGAAUAUUAAGAAAGAAUUUAAUCAUAUUAUACGAACGGAGAACGAAGGAAAAAAAAAUUCCCUUUUAGAGGAUUCGAAUGUCAGACCUUUGAACUUGAUCGUGAACCACUACCGAUGUCAUAGCCAAUAACAUCAUGGCUAAACACGAACUGGACUUGUAAUACUUGGAUGACAACAACUCUUCACUUUACUCUGAUAACGACUUCUGCUCAGGUUUGCGAAACGUCGGUCACCACUACCGAAAAAAGCCUUUCUCAGGACUACCCUCACCCGGACGAUCGGAUUUCACGAUCGAACGAGAGUUUAUUUAUAAGUUAAUUUAUGACCGAAAGUUGCUUUAAAGUUAUUUCCCGUUACCCCCUUUUAAUAUUUGCACAGGGUUUUCCGAGUGAAAUUUAGUAGCACGAUAAUAAUCUAAAGGAACAGUGAAGUAUUCUCUUAUUAUUAGCGCUGCGAGAUACUCGUUUUUCCGCUCGUGAGAAGAUUUUAGACGAGUCGGAGAGGGUUUUGUUGGAGGUCUGGCACUACUGCAGUGCUAGACCCCCGGCAAAGCUUUCCUCGUCUCGCUUUGCUAAAAGGCCUCAUAAUUUCCCGCGAGUAGAGCUCACGCUUGUGCUGAAGCGUUAGUAAUGAGGUUCUGCUCGCAAGUCUGAAUGAAAAUUCAUAUGUCAGGCUAUCAAACUUUAGCUGGAGAACUCUGCAUGGAAGACAGGGAAUUCUUCGAUCUCUGAUGCCUUCUAAAAACCUUUCUUAUAGUAUUGUUGCUUUGUUCUUUCGAUUAAGGCCUUGUCAAAUCUGGUCGAGCUGGAUUUGUCCUACAAUAAAAUCGCAAGUCUUGGAAACAACUUGAAUACAAGGCUUGGGAAUAUCAAGAAGUUAAAUCUGGCAGGAAACGAACUUGAUAAUGUGGAAGGUAAUGAUAUUACAAUUAUAUGUAUUUUCCAUGCAGUUCUCUCUACAUCUGCUAAGGUGCUGACAAGGAGAAUUUGUUUAACAAUCAACAGCAUCUUUAGUUGGUGAUCAUUUCCUUUAGUCUCGUGACCUUAAUGUUUGAUUCAGGAGUGAUUUUGUAAGAAGAAAUUAGAUGUUAAUCACUCCUAGGGUUUAAAGGGUUGGAUAAAUCGCUUAAGUUAAAUUAGUAAUUUUGUGGUAGGUAAUUAACUUGCUCUAUAUUUGUGUUUUAAAGCCGGUUAAAUAAGCAUUUCCACAAAUUAAUUUUGCAUGCAGGUAAUCUCUGCACUUGCUGCAUUAGGAUAGACAUUGCUUAAUUCCAAGAAAGAGAAAACAAUAAAGGUUCACUGUGCUCGUUUGCCAGAAAAUGACAUUUUAAUUCUCUGGUGAGCUCCGACCACAGAGAAAAAGCCGCAAUUCUUAAUAUGCCCGCUUGUUACGUGUGAAAUUAUGCACAGUAAGAAGAUGUGCAAUACGUUACAACAGAAUGACCUUCAGUCGCAAACAAUUGCAAGUAGAAAAAAAAAGUGGCGGCCAGAGACCAAAAAAGCACCAUAAUUGAUGGCAAUCAAUCCCAGUUCAUGCGAGCAAUGCAUUAUGGGUUAUAAGGAUUGCUUGAGAUAUCACCUAAGUGCUCACAUGAAAUUCUCUCACUUGCAGGCCUUGACAAGAUGUAUUCCUUAACAGAUCUGAACCUCAGCGAGAAUUACUUCACAGACGUCGGUACCGUGUUGACGUUAGGGGAAUUACCGUGCUUGGAAAUCCUGGAUUUCAGAGAUAACGCCAUGACAAGGGAACCCCUGUACCGUGUCAGGGUGUUCACGGCAUUUGAUGACCGCGCUGAACAGGUUGAUAAGUCUUUUAAUAACUCAUGUUGAAUUGCUAUCGAUCGAUUUUCGCCUGAUUGUCGCUCAGUAGAUCCAAUUUAAAAAAAAUUGAUUUUACUAAGGAAAAAUGAGAGUUCUGGGAAGACAUGCACUUAGCCGACCUUAAGUAAGGUUUUGUGUAUGGAGCAAUAUUUGAUUGGAUGUCGAAAGAAAUCUAAGAUUGCAUUGGUUUUGCUUUACUUCGCUCCGUGAUUGGUUUAGAAAACUUGCGCCACUCUCUCAAUCAAUAAGAUGCAAAAUGAAAACCAAUUACGACUUUCCCGCGCUCUAGGCCGUUUGGUUGUUUUUACUUUGGGUUCUCAUUGGCUCUUACCGGUAUUGUACUUUCAUCUGAUUGGCUGUUGCAAUAACACUGUUGUCGGUUUUACGACACUCAAUCGAAAAGCGCUCUAUUUGGUCGAUGGAGCAGGUUUUCUCCAACAAUUAAGGAAGGCAGUGAGGCAAACUACUGCAAACCGGAAUUACUGUAAACCCUCAAUUGAAACUCUCACUAUCAGCCUUCCAACUUUGUUUGAUUCCUACGCUUUGUCUUGUCCGUGAUCAGCUUGAACUUGAUGGUCAGCACCCAACAAGUAGAGAAAUUACCAAGAUCCGUGAGUUACUCCAAGAAGAGCAGAAUUUCGAAAUGAUUAAUUAUCCAACUCCACCACAGUACUCAGUAUCGAAGAGAGGAAACAAGAAGGUACGAUACUAUAUAAACAAGCAGUAUCUAUUAUUUUAAUUUGUUUGUGUUGGUUUUGAGUUUUGUGCCUGCCCGACUAAAUGUCUUUAGGAAUGUAUAAUUUGUUUGCAAAUGAAUUAUUGAACUGAAAAUUUACUCUUUCAAUGUGGUUUCUUACUCAUGGAGAUCAUUUUUGGUUUGAUUUUUAGGGCAGAAGUAUCGACAGAGUGAUAGCUCUUGACUCCGAAACAGAAACGCAACCAAGUACACCCAUAACAGGUACAAUUACCUCUUAAUUUCUAAGAUUGUUUAUUAUCCACACCAACUGCUACACAUUCUCUGGUAAAUAAGUGACGAGAAUUUGGUGUAGAUCAAGAUAACGACCUCUACCCGAUAAGUUAUAGCAUUCUCGCAACCUGUUUGCUGAAUAGUGUAUGGAUACGGUGGGAAGAAGUUACAUAUUAAUCACUUCCGGGAGUUGAAGAUUGAAGGCUUGGGGAGAGGGUAUGAGAGUGAAUUAUCGUCAGUUGUCGUAAACCUAACUCAUGAACUCAUUGCUUAUGUCUAUUGUCGUCGCUCACCUUACAGAGUCCAAAUCGUCUGUGGACGAAUCAGACGCCGAGUUCCGUUCUCGAGUGGAGAAAAUUCGUCAGAUCGGUGGAGAUGCAUGGCUUACGUUAUAUGACGAGGUACACUCGGAAGAAGAAAUGACACAGGUUUGUGCGCACUGCAGGCUCAUUCGCUAAAGUAUCGGAAAUUCCAAAGCAACUUGAAAUUAAUUAUUAUCAUAAAAACUUCUCAAGUAAGCAAUGAUAGCUGAUGGGCCACAAGUACUGGGAAGCGUUCGUAAAUUAACAUAUUGAGUCACGGUUGUUUUUCAUUUUGCAUCUGGUGUUGUGAAGAAAUAUCAAAGCAAUCAUUUCGGAUUUCGGUUUAAAAUUACUCUAACAGAAGUAAGAUAAAUAUUUACGUCAAGGCUUAUAGAUAUUGUUUUUUCUUCAGCUCCAACAGAACGGCGAAAUCUCUUCGACAGGCGAGAGAAGCCCUAGUGAACCCGUAGGAGAUCAGCAGUCUCCCAAGCAUGACACGAUUAGUGGAACUUUUGAGAGUCCUGACAGAACCACAGAAGUAAGUGGUCUAACCACAGAACAGGUUAGGAGUGGCAGCUUCUCAAAGCUGGCGUUUUUUAGUGAGUAGAAGCUAGCGCAAGGCAAACACCAGGCAAACGCGAGGUAAACGUCAGGCGAGCGCGGAGGACGAGAUAAUGCAACAGGAGGAAUUCCCUUCUGCUUCUCACUGAUCGCAACUUCCUUCUUAAGCAAUCUAUGCUUUAGUGGAGACUAUACAAACGAUUGAAUUUGACGUUGUCAUUUAACUCCUUCCUUUUAUCGCUGCUGAUCAGAGAACUGCAGGCGCACGGAGGGAGAAUGAAACCCACCCCAGUCGUCUUCAGUUUGGUUUUGCACCUGAGUUGGAAAAACUGGUUCACGACAAAGUGGAAUCAAGUGCGGAUUUGUAUGUAAUCUUAGAUACUUCUAGACUGUAAUGUCGUGUAGAGUGGUCUCCAUUUGAGUUUCGUAACGCUAAAAAAAAUGUAACCACAACGGUCUUAAAGAAAAAAAGGUAACAUACCAGGGAGAUACUGGGAUGUCAACGGUGGUUCAUGUUAUUGGCUUCAAAUUGGCGUUAAAACGCGAGUGACCAAGUCACGUGGGAUUUUAGUUUCGGGUCUGAUUGGUUAAGAGGUUGGCAUGAUGUUUCCAGCAGACCAGUCAUUUUGAAAAGUGAAGCAAGACGAAAGUGAUACUGAAUUGUCUCUGAAAUCCUAAUUGGAAAUUGUUUCAUGGACAUUCAGUGGGAUAAACAUGCAAAAUUCCUGUCCGGUCAUCGGAAGUUAGGACAUGGCCCAGUCGAAAGAAACGUAAAUCUAUUCUCAAAGAACGAACUGGAUCUCCACUUUUUUUAAAAUUGUGUCCAAGGUAUAAUGUCGUGUUAUAUAGAAAGUUUCUCAACUUUCAACAACUGUCGCGGAAGUACUAAAACUUUCAUUAAUUGGAAAAUUCAGAUCACCACCUCAUAUUUAACAAGAACGUGAGUAAAACAAAAAGACAAUAAAUGAGCAAAAAGAACGAAGUAAAUUCGCAUUAACUUUGACUUUCUCAAAUUACAUUUUAAAGAAGAGAUUAGAUGGGGUUAAGGGCUUAUUUGCAAGUGUCCAACCCUCUGAAAAUGAUCUUAAUUCAAUCGUUUAGUGGAGUGUGAUUUGUAUUUUUCGGGAAUCACCCAGGAAGUCUUUAUUUUGUCAACUAUGCUUAUUUCUCAGUAAAUUGAAGCCAAAAGCUUCCAUAAAUCCUUCCAUCAAGCGCUUUUAUUAAUCGUCAAAAAGAAAUUUGAAACACCGUAUUAUAAAGCUAGAUUCUGUAACAAACAGCGAAGUAAUAAACUUUAUUUAAAUGUAGGACUUCAGGCACAUAUAUGGUGGAAGUCGAGGGAGAGGCGCACAAUGAAGGAAGUACAGAGGAGAGAAUGGUUGGAGUGGACCUUUCCAAAGGGGUCAUUCUCGAGAUACAGAUAACAACUGGGAAGACUUUUGCCAAACAUAACUUGGGUAGGAAUUCAGUUUUAUGGGAAUGUUACGCGAUCUUGAAUGGAGUCAUUGGAACACCCGUGUAUCUUUAAAUGGAAAGCAAUACCUCAAUAAGUUUUCAUCCCUCAAUAUUUGAAAUGUAGCUGUUUGGGGGAUGUGACCCGUGUACAAAAAUUGUUUUGGGGGAGGGGAGGGGAAAGAAGAAGAAAUCAAGAAAGUAAAUUACGUUGCUUUGAAAUUCUUUCUUGGGUAAGAAUUCAAUUUUAUUGGAAUGUUAGGCGAUCUUGAAUAGAAUCAUUGGAACAUCCCUGUAUCUUUAAAUGAAAAGCAACAUCUCAGUAAGUUUUCAUCCCUCAAUAUUUGAAAUGUAGCUGUUUGAGGAAUGUGAGUCAUGUACAAAAAUUGUCUUGGGAGAGGGGAGGGGAAGGAAGAGGAAAUCAGGAAAAUGAAUUGCGUUGCUGUUAAAUUCUUUCAAAAAGUGUCACUUUUAGGCUUGUGCGCAAAAGUUGUAACCUUUUCAUGUAAAAGCCAUCAGGUCAAGAAAGCUUUGCUGUACUCUAAACGACAGCAAAUCGUGAGAUUUCGCCCGUUUCUCUUUCUUUUUUUUUGAAGAGGACAUCAGCAGUGUUGACAUUUUGGAACUGCAUGACGCCUUCUGUGUCGACAUCCGGGACAUAUUUUCCAAGGAAUGGCGACGUCAUUUUGCAGAUGAUAGCGAUAAUUGUGUCCACAACAGAGACUAUCGUCAAGUGGCGAGGUAUCGCAUGCGUUCAAUGGAAGAUGCCGCGGAGCUGUUUGCUCUGCUUUACAAGUUUAUCACUGAAAGGUAGUGACUUCUUUUUUCGCCUUUUUGGUUCUCCUUCCGCUAUUGUGUUGUAUCGCUUCCGAUUUCCGUUCCUACAAGUGACCAAGUACUCCUCCCCGGAUGAAAUGCCAAUCCAUCUCAGGCUUUGUAACACUUUCAAAUAUUCCGCUUUCGCCGUCCGUAUGGUAAAAGAACUGUCUUCCGAGAACUGUGGUCGAAGUCGGUAUUUUUUUAAAAGAAAUUUUGAACGGACCUAGGCGUCUUUUAAAUUUAGUUUUGCAGCUAUUUUAAUGAAUAUUACAUCGUAUGUAGAUAAAUAGAGAGAGAAAUGUUUUUAAUUCUAAUCCGUUUCUUUUUGAGGUGAAAAAUCAUGGGGCCAACCUCUGUUUCUUCCUUUUCAAGAUUUUUUUGCCAUUGUAUCUUGAAUGGAACAUGUUAUUUUAUGUUAUGUUGUGUUGUGUUACGUUACUUAAGUUACGUUAUGUUAUUUGACGAUAUGUUAUGUUACGUUAUGUUAUGUUCUUAGGUCCUCAAAGGAUGCCAUUCCAAACGUUCUCACCCAAGAGCCCCUUGCAGAAAUCUUCCCGGCGAACAUCAUAGAAUGGCCCAACCCAUUAGGAGUACAUCAAGAUCUUCUGCACAAAUAUUUCGAUGAUUUCCUCCAAGAACCUGACAAGAAACAAUCUGUAAAUUACACAGAAGCAAAUUCUUUGGACACCCACCGUAUACAGAGGGUUCAAAGCAUUUACCAGACCCUCCACGCCGAGUUCAUAGACGUGGGGUGUUUAAGGCAUGAUCGCUCUGGGCCCUCCCCUGAGAUGGCCCGUCUGAUUUUGUGGUCUGGCUGUCUCCCGUAUGUGUACCCAGACCACGAGCUUCCUAUUUGCCUUCUAAUGACAAAUGUCAACAUUUAUUUGUUCCAUUCGUCACACUUAGAAUCACCUGAGCGUAUCCACACGUUAGCAAGCUAUAGUGAUUUACGAGAUGUCUUGCAUUGUUUCUAUAGCUUCCCAGUGCGGGAACUAAAUGAAGUGGUCUUCGGUUUGUACGAUCAAGGCUUCAGACUGGAAGUAAAACUCGAUGGGCCUCGAGGCACAUUUACCGUUAUCACUCGCGACGCCGAGAAAACGGACAAAUUUUUAGGAACAUUGAGAGAUGUGCUCGGGGAGCCCUUGAAUGAGGAGCAUUCUGAUGUUCCUCCGUUUAGGAGACAAUUUUCAUCCGAGAGUCUUCCAAAACUCACUUUUCCGACCGAGGACAAAAUUGACAAAUUAAAACUAGAACUUGCAAAAUUCGGCAAGGCUUCUUCCGCCGCUGAAAACCAGCAUUUGCUAAUGUACUCUAUCGUCCGAGAAAUUCCCGACUGUGCCACGCUGAAUGUGCAGGAAAACGUAGAUCUCACGAAGAUGCUCCGAAGCUUGAUCGUGACAAACUCGGAGAUCUAUCUAUGCGACGAGGAUCAUGUGCAUUGGCCGCUGCCCUCGUUCGUGCGGGCGCCGCCGUCAACCCCUCAGUGGGUGGUUACUAAGGCACAAUGGAUCAGUAAGAUCGUCGGGCUUGAAGUGUUUGAACUUAAGGGUAAUGUUUGCGAAUUUUUCGGCGAGUUUGGGCUCUCGCUGAUCUUCGACUGUGAUGAAUCGGCGGCACAGUCUACGGGCGAACAACAUUCGUGGCACUUAAUUUUCCGAGCCGCCGAUGAACGCACGCAGCUUCAACGGUCGCUGUCACAGGUAUGGAAGGACAACUUUCAAGCCGAUCUUAAAAUCACGCACUCAAAGCCAAAGUCUUUCCCAGUCCUUCCAGAGAAAAAGGGUGGAAAAGGGCUCCUUGAGCCCACUUCUCCGAAUGGUGUACAAACACCCGUAGGUACCCCAGUGGAGUCGAAAUUUAAAAAGACCCAUCGGAGGGUGGGGUCGGAUUUUUUACCAAUUUUCAAACCAAACAUGUUGAAUAGCUUGGAGAGCUUAGUCGCCCUCGAUAGAAAAAUCUUGGACGGUUUUUUUCAUAAAUGGAUUUCGCAGAAAGAGGAAAACGAAAGUGAAACACUUCUCCAUGUUUUAUGGACUGGCUGCACGCCGUAUCUGUUUCCGUCGCUUGAAUUCAAAGUUUGCAUAUUGUUAAGCAAUUUGUAUUUGUACAUUUUGGCGGAUAAAGAACACAAAAUCUCCAUCAACAAACAAAAAGGAAUCAGGUUGAAGAUUUCCGAAGAUACCGACUUCAGUGAUGUUAAACCGACAAUCUGUUUUAAUUUCAUCCCGAUCACCCAACUCAGGCAGGUUUGCGUGGGUUUGUUUGAUCAAACAUUAAGAAUCGAAACAGAGUCGCGGAAGGACACGUUUACUUUAGUUACACGAGAUUUCAAAUUGACGAGUACUUUUCUAGAGAGACUAGGCGCGAUUUUGUCGUCAAUACAUCGUGGUGAUACAUCGCCUGCGUCGAGAUCUGACACGAUGCCGACGAGCAUCUACGACUCGCAGUCAACUGCUGAUAAUGAUCCGAGCGAUUUUCCGAGAGCAGAUUAUCAACACACGAACGGUGGUGUGCGCUUCGUGUAUCCGAGCGAUGACACGUUGGAUAUUCUGAAGGAUGCCAUCGCUGAGUUCAGCCGCCAGUCAGUUCAUUGCCUCGAACUCAACCAUGUGGUCAUUUUGGUGUAUCUCUUGGUCUUCCACGAGACAGAAACGGCUCGCGAAGAACCCCGCACUCUCGUUAUUAUGGAUAAGUCUCUAUGCCUUUGCAUCGAAGAUCAUGUUAACUACCCGCUGCCGUUAUUCGCCACGGGACUUCCCGAGAACCCGCAAUACAAUGUGCAAGACUUGCGUGACAUCCAGUCACUGUCACGUGUUGAAUUCGGUGACUUCAACUCGUGCGACUUUACAAUGGUUUUCUCGCCGACGCGACCUCAAGACGAUGAUGCACCAGAUGGCUUUGAUUCAGCGAGUAUGGGUGAGUUGUGUGUCAUUACACAUCACUUGCCAGAUCCAGAUGAACGCGAUAUUUACUGGAAAAUUGUUGCUCAGACUUACGAGGAAAAAGAGAAAGCUAUGAGUCUGAUCUGCAAGCUCUGGGCUGACAUUCAUGGCGGAGCUCUACCUGUUAUGAAAGCUAAAGGGUAGGAAUUAAAAUGCCACAAAAUUAAACGCAGCUUAACGGUUUCAAACAGAAAUGGAAGAGGCAGCUGCUCUUAAAUACUGAGAAAGUGACAUAAAUUGGGACAAUGAAACAAUUUCCGCUCAACACAUUCAAUCAAUGCAAACCAGAGUGAAAAAUUUGGGAAUCAGAAGGACACUUCUUCAGUUGCCGUGGUUAAGAAAUCACUUUCAUGUGCCAGGUAUUUUCAAAUUUUUCCCUCGUUGAACGAGCGAAAAACCGGCCAUGAUACGAAUAGAGAGAUCAAAAACUGUAUUGUUUGACACCGAAGUGGCGCAAUAGACAACGAAUGACACUGUUGACCAUACUAGCAAUGUACAUAUAGUUUUUUUAUCUCGUUGAUAUAGCUGCGAAACAUGGUGCUAUUUUAAACAGAAUGUUUCAAAACUUUUGCAAUUGAGAUACAGGUAGAUCAGUUCCCAUACUCGAAUUUGUUACUAUUGUAAGGGUCUUAUAUUAUCUGUGGAUGUACUUUUGGAAAUAAGAGAGGUGUAUAGAAUUAUAUUUAUCUGUAUUUGUUACCAAAGCACAUUUAUAUUAUCCAUAGUUUUGUAUGUUUAUUGCUAUCAAUUCAAAUUACAUCUGAUGAAAUAGAG